ACGAGUUGAAAAGCAGCAGGCAGCGGAGACGAGCUCGCAUUCCAGCGCUGCUCUUCCUCCUCCGGCACCAGACGUCGCCAGCCCGGACUCGCUCCCGCUCGCCGCUUUUGACGAGUUUGGAUCUUCCCACAGAGGCGAGAUGGCGGCGAGCGCGAGCGUUUUGCCUUCCUUCUCCUCCUUUUCCACGCAGAAGGAAGAAGUCUGGACGGGAUCCCCAAAGGACGACGACAACCUGGACACCUUCCUGGACUUGGACUUUAUCCUGGCUCACAGCGUCAUCGGCGCAGACACCGGAGCGCCUCGCGAUUCGUACCGGACUUUGGACGCGGGGGUCCCCGCGUACCACCCGGAGGACUACGCAUCCCCGCCGGUCCUGUCCGCCCCCCCGCCCCCGACGUACGGCGGCCCGGCGGCCGAACUGCUGCACGGCGAAGCGGACGUCGACGACUCGCGGGCCGGCGUCCAGGGCCGCUUCUUCUUCGGGUCCCCGGCUUUCCAGGACUCGGGACGUCCCUUCUCGGACUGCUUCCCGCAGCACCCGCGCGUCAAAGCCGAGCCCGACCCCUACGGGCCCCCGGGGGGCGCCUCGCCGCGGGCCUUCCACCAGGUCAAGCGGGAGGCCUGCGCGAUGUGGUGCGCCGGAAGCCUGACGCCGCCUCUCAGCCCCGACGACAUGACGAACUUUCCACAGAGCUUCAACCGCCAGCACCGGCACCGGCACCAGCACCAGCACCUUCAGUUUCAGUUUCCCCCCGCCGCACGCUGCCCCUUUCCUGCCUUGUACGCGCAGCAGCAGCAGCAGCCCGGCGGGCAGCGCCUGCUCCUGACGCCGCCGUCGUCGCCCUUGGACUUGAUGGACAGCAAGCCCCGGCGAGGGCGCCGCGCCUGGCCCAGGAAGCGCACCGCCACCCACACGUGCACCUACGCCGGAUGCGGCAAGACGUACACCAAGAGCUCGCACCUCAAGGCGCACUACAGGACGCACACGGGAGAGAAACCGUACCACUGCACGUGGGAAGGUUGCGGCUGGAAGUUCGCCCGCUCCGACGAGCUGACGCGUCACUUCCGCAAGCACACGGGCCAUCGGCCCUUCCAGUGCCACCUUUGCGAGCGCGCCUUCUCCCGCUCCGACCACCUGGCGCUGCACAUGAAGAGGCACGUGUGAUCAGGACGGAACCUGCGGUCGACGGAACGACGCCGGAGCCAGCCGCGAGUCCGCGUUUUGGUGCAGAGGUGCGCUUCUCGGGUGCGACGGCGCCCCCGCGUGGACACAAAUCACAGGACGACGACGACGACGGGUUUUGUCGCAGCUCGACGGCGCCCUCACGUGGACAGAAAAUACUUGUGCUUGUGUGUACAGUCUGUACAAAGAGAAAAUCCAAACGGUCCUAUUUUUGU